AAUGAGGAAUUGUAUAAAUAGCAGAGUACAAUUACUUUCUCAGUACUUAGUGUUUCCUUAGAGACGACUAAAUCAAACAAGAACAGAAUGUUUCGAUCACUCUGCUGCCUAGCCCUUCUGUCUGUGGCCUACGGUGCCUACUACAACACAUACAGAAACCGUGGUUACUACCCUGGCAACGAUGAUUAUAAUAAUGACUGGUAUGGAAACGGUCUUUAUGGAAACAGCUGGUAUGGAAACGGUCUUAAUGGAAACAGCUGGUAUGGAAACGGUCUUAAUGGAAACAGCUGGUAUGGAAACGGUCUAAAUGGAAACAGCUGGUAUGGAAACGGUCUAAAUGGAAACAGCUGGUAUGGAAACGGAUUGUAUGGAAACAGAUUAUAUGGAAACAGGUGGUCUGGAAACGGUCUCUAUAGAAACAGCUGGUCUGGAAACGGUCUAUACCGAAUGAAUAACUUCUAUCCAGGAAGCGGUUAUCGCAGUCACAAGACCUACUAAAUCCGUCGUUGAGGAGCUGUACAGUCAUGUAGUUUCCAUGCAAUAUAUAUGUUGUGUUUUCUAUUAAUAAACUCUGCAAUGAAA